AUGGAUGCCCUAUCAAAUUUUCAACUGCAGAACUUUUUCACCCGAUAUAGUCCACUCACUAAGGAGAUAUGUGACAAAGUAGCUGCUAAAAUUGCCAGCGGCGGAACCGUCAAGCCUACACCCUUGCAAGGCGCACAGAGCUACACCGUCCAUAUCACCAAUGGCACCAAUAUCUUCAUCAUCCAGUUCCGUGGUCCGAACAGCAUUCUAGAUCUCGACCUCCUGGCCACUGCACAAGAAACCUAUGGGCAUCUGGUACCUACCUGCCAAAAAAUUACGAGCCAGCAUCUGAAGGGAUUAGAUCCUCUUCAGGUAUACAAGAUGAAUUACAUCCCUGGAGAUGCGCUUCUUCAAGUAAACAAAUUUCUCCACCAGCCUGAGAAUUUUCCUCUUCUGGAGCAGACUGUACAAGACUUUGCUAUGUAUACUCACCUCUAUCCGUCUCGAAGUUCCUCGAAGUUGGAUGCUAAAGAAUCUAGAUUCUCUUCUUCUGCGUGGCGUAAUCGGCCAUCUGUACCUUCAUUCCAGAGCAAAGCCUCGAUUCAGAGCGAGUAUCUUUCUACCCUGGAGCGCAUGAUGAAGCUAUUACCAAACCGCUUCCAGCCUCUAAUGGAUAGGAUAAAAAGCCAACUCCCAUUUCUCUUUGCAGAUGAUUAUCCUAUGGUAAUCAAUCACUGGGACCUGCUUGAAAAUAACAUUAUGGUGGAUAUUCAAACAGGCAACCUUACCGGCAUCGUCGAUUGGCGCGAUGCUAAAGUGGGUCCUUUUGCUAUGCAAUUUUAUGGACUAGAGAAUAUUCUAGGGAUCAGGAAGACAACUUGUAUGGCCUUUCAUCCACGGCAUAUUGAGCUUCGUCGGCUGUUUUGGAAGACGCUUUAUGAGGAGAUGGGUGAUGUGUCUGAGGAGAUAAAGGCGGUAAUUCAGGCAGCAAGGAUGGUUGGGAUCUUUCUGGGUAAUGAAUUCGUUGAAGCUUCUGAUAGGGAGGACGAGAUGCAUCUGGCUGUUCUUGAAUCGAUGACAUUGGACUUGUCCGAUGUUGGACUUUAG